UGACCAUUUACAUUUUCGAGAUAAUAGUAAUAAUUAAUUGUUUUUAUCACUACUAACUAAAAUAGAAGACCUCAGCUCACCCCUCUUUUAUAAAUAUGAUAUGCCCAUCCAAGCUCCCAUUUCUCUUCCUCACUAAAUUUAUCCAAAAAAGAAACGGAGCAUAUCUCGAGAGAGAGAUCCAAUUAAUCCGAUCAAUGUCGAAAGGAAGGUGUGAGCUGUGCAGCAAUCCUGCAAGAAUGUUCUGCGACUCCGAUCAAGCGAGUCUGUGCUGGGAGUGCGACGAGAAGGUCCACGCCGCCAAUUUCCUGGUGGCCAAGCACUCCCGCACCCUCCUCUGCCACGUCUGCCACUCGCCUACGCCGUGGAAGGCCGCCGGCCCCAAGCUCGGCCCCACCGUUUCCGUCUGCCACGCCUGCGCUCAUCGCAACCAACACCCAUCUCAAACCACUGAAACCGACUCUGACGAUGAUGAUCGCCAAUAUUCUGCCACUGAGACAGAUGAUUCCAGUGAAGACGAAGAUGAGGCCGAGGCCGAGGACGUGGAUGAGAAUCAAGUGGUGCCGUGGUCGGAUUCGCCGCCGGCCAGCGCCGACGAUGAGGAAGAGAAUGAGAAUGAGAAUGUUUCUCUCUCCUCCUCAAAAAGAGCCCGUGACGACCCUUUCCCGUCUUCUGAGGAUGAGGAUGGAUGCUGCUCAUCAGAGAAUGCGGAAAUGAGGAGUUACGAAUCGGAAUCGUAUGAGAAUUGUAGUUCCUCGUCGUUAAGACCAUUGAAGAUGCGGAGGGAGGGUGAGGGGACGGCCGCCAUUGUGGAGAAACUGCGGAGAUUCGAGCAACAAAUUGUGACUGUGAGAGAGGAAAGCGUGGAGGCGUCGGCCAUCAUAUUAGGUCUUUGCAAUCUCACCCGGGAUUGAACACCCUUUUCCUUUUGUUUAUGUUGAUUGUUUUUUUUUUUUUUUUUUUUUGAAUUACUAAAACUUCCAGACUCGUUAUUUCUGAUCAUUUCAUCCUUGGUUAAGUAUUUCGCUCAUCUGGAUUCUAGUUGUAUUUUUUUUUUAAUUCCAAUUUUAAUUAGAUCAGAUGAUUACUUCAAA